AUGGUUGGCAUAAAAACACUGGGAUACAUUGAUCAACGAUUGAGGUCUAUAUUAAGAAUAAAUAAACCGUUUGGGGACAUAAAUGUAAUAGUGUUUGGCGAUUUCUUUCAAUUAGCACCGGUAUUAGCAACACCAUUGUACGAUAGUUUUGAAGAAAUAUUGUCUAAAUUUCCAAGUGCUGUAGAAAUGUUAUCGAUUAAAUCUAUUUGGGAAACAUUCAAGUUUUAUGAGUUGACUGAAAUAAUGCGCCAAAAAGAUGACAAACAAUUUGCAAUGAUGUUAACAAAGUUGGCCAGAGGACAGUUGGAGGAAGCUGAUGUAAAAUAUUUCCAAAAUCUUAUAACCCACCUAGACAUUACUUUUCAACCACAAGUAAUGCAUCUUUGGGCUACUAAUAACGAAGUCGACGAAAUGAACAGGAGAGUGCUUAACUCUAUGAAUCGAGUUAGUUUCAUAUCCGAAGCCAUUGAUACGUCUGCGAAACGAUCGGAUAUUGAAUCUGCCAAGAAACUGCCACGACAAAACACUACGGGUUUAGCUUUAAGGUUAGUUUUAAAAGAAACAGCUAAAUAA